GUAAUAUCAGUGUUUGCCCGGCCAGCGUGCGGGCAAUACGUAUUUAAAGUAGAUAAUGUAAGGUCAUACAAUGUUAUUAUAAAAACUUAGUGAAAAAGUGAUAAAAUAGUAUUAACAAAACGUGAUUAACUGAUUGUUACAGGCGCAUUGCUGCUUUUUAUAUAUGAAGAAGAUUAAUAUAAGAAGAGAAUAAAAGGAGAAUUAAUCUGUUUCACAAAAAUGGCAUCAAAGUCGUUGUUCGCUGCAAAUCGAACUGUAGCGCUAACAAAAAAGAGUCUGAAAUGCCUUAGCUGCGUGCGGAAGUUCUCUGAAACACCUUGGACUCAAGAAGGAAUCAUAAAAUCCCCUUUCAAAGACAUUGAAGUACCGACGUGUACGUUGUAUGAGUACGUGUGGCAGAAUCUGGAGAAAUGGCCGGAUCGGACUAUGGCGGUGUGCGGCUUCACAGGACGUGGCUACACGUAUUCACAAGGCUUCAAGCUAUCGUCCACCUUCGCGGCGAACCUGCGUGGCAAGCUGCGCGUGCGCGACGGCGACGCCGUGGCCGUCAUGCUGCCCAAUGUGCCUGACUAUCCUGUCGUGGCCUUGGGCAUAUUGGGGGCUGGUGCUGUCAUCACCAGUAUCAACCCUAUUUACACUGCGCAUGAAGUCCAACGCCAACUUGUAAUGUCAGACGCAAAAGUGAUAGUCACGGUGCGAGAGACAACAGACGUCGUCAAAGCCGCUCUUAAAAUGGCAAAAUUGGAUAUUCCCAUCAUUAUAGUUAGAACUGAAGAUACAGAAGUGCCAGUUGGCACGAUACGAUUCAAAGAAUUAAGCGUUGAUGUCAAUGUUGAUCUAUCUCCGUUGAAAGAAGUCAGACGAACUGCUCAAGAUGUAUGUUUCUUGCCUUAUUCGAGCGGUACAACAGGAGAGCCAAAGGGAGUAGACUUGACGAAUAGGAAUUUAGUGGCAAAUUGUGAACAAAUGAAUGAGCCUAUCAUCAAAACACAUAAUGCUACAACAGCGACCCACCAAGAUGCCGUGAUGGCGGUGCUGCCAUUUUUCCACAUAUACGGCGCAGAGGUGAUGAUGUUCCACAAGCUAUCCCAAGGAAUCAAAUUGGUGACCCUGCCGAAGUUCCAGCCUCAACUGUUCUUGCAAACCUUGGAAAAGUAUAAAACCAACGUUUUGUACGCUGUUCCUCCUAUUGUGUUACUGAUGGCUUCACAUCCAGCUGCAACACCCAAAACAUUUCAGCAUCUGGAGGUAAUCAUCAAUGGAUCUGCUCCCCUAACAACCUCAGAUGCUGAUAGAUUCAUCGAAAGAGCCAAGAGAAAAUUUGACUUCAGACAAGGCUACGGUCUAACAGAAACUUCACCAGUGGUAACAGUAACUCCGAGAGGUAAUGACAACUAUGGAUGUGUUGGUCUUCCUGUUCCAAAUACUCAACUUAAGAUUGUUGAUGAAAAUCUUAAAGCUCUUGGACCUAAUGAGAAAGGAGAACUGUUGAUUCGUGGCCCACAAGUCAUGAAGGGAUACAGAAAUAACGACAAAGCAAAUAAAGAAGCGUUUACUGACGAUGGAUGGUUCAGAAGUGGAGACUUGGCCAUCGGAGAUGAGCACGGCAUCAUUACUAUAGCUGAUAGAUUAAAAGAACUUAUUAAGGUCAAAGGCUUCCAAGUUCCGCCAGCAGAAUUAGAAGGCGUCCUCCGCGACCAUCCAUCAGUAGACGACGCUGCAGUUAUCGGGGUUCCCCAUGAGACCAAAGGAGAAGCGCCCAAAGCGUUCAUAGUGGUAAAGAAGGGACACAAUGUAGCCCCAUCAAAUAUAUGCGACUUUGUGAAGAAGAGAGUGGCUGAGUAUAAGAGGAUAAGUGAUGUGAUGUUUUUGGAUGAGUUACCGAAGAACUCGACUGGAAAGAUACUAAGGAGAGAGUUAAAAGAGAAAUAUACGUAAAUUUUCAAUUAUCCCUAGGGACAUGUGCUCCUUGAAGGAAAACAGAGAUGUGGCUUGUUUGAAAUACUUGACUUAAAUCGACCCGGAUAUGAACCGUGAUAACCUUUCAUAUUGUUUUUGAGCUCCAUAUAUUCCGACGCAGUAACAUGCAUCUUGUUCACGGGUAACUGAAGAUAGUGGGUGGGUGUCAAAGUUUGUCCCGGUCGAUUUAAGUCUAGUGAAUCUAACUGUAAAUCAUUCAAAACUGUUAUUGAAAUACUUGUAUUUCAAAUGCAAAUACGAAAUGCAAAAUGCCUAUUUCUUUUUUUUAUUUCAAUACUUUUUUAUGAGACUAUUUUUUGUUUGAAAUAGUUUUAGGACCUAUUUUCAAAAUACAAAAUACUUUUUAGCAGUUUGUAUUUAGAGGUUACAAUCUUUUCUGACGACAAUUCUUGCAACUCCCUCAUUCUUUUAACAUGGAACUGUUGAGUAGGUUUAGUAAUGGCGCACAUGACCGUGAGUGCAGUGAGUAGUUAAAAAACUAAAAUCUUGAGCAUUGCGAGGGUUUCAAGGCACGAGAGGUGAAAAAACUUUGCUACAUGGUGAAACAUAAACAUUUUCACCACACCAACAAGAGUAUACUAGAGUAAAGAAACUGUAACACAUUACAAUUAAUAAAAAGAUAAUUAUUAUUAAUAAAAAAACCACCAACCGACACACUAUUUUCAAAGAAUAAAGAAAGCCUUUCUGACUCCGUAAUUCCGGUACUUUUUACCGAAAAGUAUUUGUAUUUUAAAAAAGUAUUUUGAAAAUAGCUAUUUAGUAUUUCAAAUAUAAAUUUUAAAACUAUUUUUGUAUUUUGCAUUUGAAAUAGUUUAUCAAGUAGGUAUUUGUAUUUUGUAUUUUUGGUACUUUUUAUAAACUAUUUUUCCCAUCUCUGGUUAUUGAUAGAUCUGGAUAUUAAUAUAUGUCUACUUAAAGUUAAAGUUACUUAAAGUUAAAGGAGUAAUAGGUAAUUAAAGGAAGGAAAUAUUAUAAUAUUGUAUUCGUUCAAGGAAAUAUGAAAAUAAGGGCGUUUUACCGAAUCGUGUACCAUGCCGAAAAUGACACCUUUUUUAAUAUCAUUUUUAGUGGGAAUGUUGGUAUCCAUAGUAAAGUAGAUAUUCUAAAGUAUUUGAGAUUGUGUUUUGUUUCACACACUUAAGCUUAGUUUAUUUUUUUAAUUUUAUUAUUAAUUUAUUUAACUGACAAAGUCGUAAAUGCCUGUCAGUUAUGUAACGACUGAAAUAAUUCUGUUCUGUUUUACCUAUUUCAAUAGGUUUAAUUGUACAUUUAAAUUAUUAAGAUUUAUUAAUAUGAUUUUUUUUUUCAUAUUAAUUUUUUCAAUAAAAAGGCAAAAAUUAUUAGAAUAAUUAAUGAAUAUUGCUCUAAAAUACAUUUUUAAUUCAGUUUUGUAACGGCUGCUACUAUUGCGUGCUUUAUUUUCUUUACAAUUAAGAUGGUUGCGAUCAAAACCAUUAUGAAAUGUUACUAUUUUAAGUAAUUUUUUUAUAUAGUUUUAUAAUAUAAUGAUAUUUUUGUUAUUUGUUUUAUAAUCUAAUAUAAUAUACUGCAAACGUAAGGAAAAAUCGAUAGUGCUCGAAUUUAUGUACUGAGAAAGUGGCACAGUUACAAAACUGAUAUGUCAAAAUUAAUAGGUCGGGGUUACAUGGGCGAAUUCUGCCAUAAAAUAAAAUAUAUUUUUAAAU